GAAGCCGCCCGCCGCCGCCGCCGCCGCGGAGUUGCGCGAAGUAGUCAUGGGGCCGGGGCCGAACCCGCGGCCGGGCAGCGGCUGGACCCUCGGCGAGGGCUUCUGCUGGCUGCUGCUGCUGCCCGCGACGCUGCUGCUCGUCGCCCGCCCCGGGAAGCUCGCCGCCUUCCCUACCUCCCUGAGCGACUGCCAGACGCCCACCGGCUGGAACUGCUCCGGUUAUGAUGAUAGAGAAAAUGAUCUCUUCCUCUGUGACACCAACACCUGUAAAUUCGAUGGGGAGUGUUUAAGGAUUGGAGACACUGUGACCUGCGUCUGCCAGUUCAAGUGCAACAGUGACUAUGUACCUGUGUGCGGCUCCAAUGGCGAGAGCUACCAGAACGAGUGCUACCUGCGACAGGCGGCAUGCAAACAGCAGAGCGAGAUCCUCGUGGCGGCCGAAGGGUCAUGCGCCACAGAUGCAGGAUCAGGAUCUGGAGAUGGAGUCCACGAAGGCUCUGGAGAAGCCAGUCAGAAGGAGACCUCCACCUGUGACAUUUGCCAGUUCGGUGCGGAGUGCGAUGAAGAUGCCGAGGAUGUCUGGUGUGUGUGCAACAUUGACUGUUCUCACACCAACUUCAACCCCCUCUGUGCUUCGGAUGGGAAGUCUUACGAUAAUGCGUGUCAGAUCAAGGAAGCGUCGUGUCAGAAACAGGAGAAAAUCGAAGUCAUGUCUUUGGGUCGAUGUCAAGAUAAUACAACUACAACUACCAAGUCUGAAGAUGGACGUUAUGCAAGAACAGAUUAUGCAGAGAAUGCUAACAAAUUAGAAGAAAGUGCCAGAGAACACCACAUACCUUGUCCGGAGCACUACAACGGCUUCUGCAUGCACGGCAAGUGCGAGCACUCCACCACCAUGCAGGAGCCAUCGUGCAGGUGUGAUGCCGGCUACACUGGACAACACUGUGAAAAAAAGGACUACAGUGUUCUGUACGUGGUUCCCGGGCCUGUGCGCUUUCAGUACGUCUUGAUCGCGGCCGUGAUCGGAACGGUUCAGAUCGCCGUCAUCUGCGUGGUUGUCCUCUGCAUCACAAGGAAAUGCCCCAGAAGCAACCGAAUUCACAGACAGAAGCAAAACACAGGCCACUACAGCUCCGACAACACGACCAGAGCAUCCACGAGGCUGAUCUGAAGGAGCACGCUUCACAGUGGCUGCCUGCCAUGAGCCGGGACUGCUUAGUACAGUAUUGUAGACAAGAGAGUAAGACAAGAGACCUACACAUGUUGCCUUGCAUUUGUGGUAAUCUACACCAAUGAAAACAUGUACUACAGCUAUAUUUGAUUAUGUAUGGAUAUAUUUGAAAUAGUAUACAUUGUCUUGAUGUUUUUUCUGUAAUGUAAAUAAACUAUUUAUAUCACACAAUAUAGUUUUUCUUUCCCAUGUAUUUGUUAUAUAUAAUAAAUACUCAGUGAUGAGAAAAAA